AUGGGAGGGGUGGGUAAGACAACUCUCGCACAACUUGUUUACAAUGAUGAUAGAGUGGAAGGUCAUUUCGAUCUCAGAGUUUGGGUUUGUGUUUCUGAUGAUUUUGAUGCAAUCAGAGUAACAAAAGCGAUUUUGCAGUCCAUUACUGAUGAGAAUGUAAAUGAUAGUGAUCUAAAUAUCCUUCAAGUCAAAUUGAAGGAGAAACUAUGUAGAAUGAAGUUUUUACUGGUUUUAGAUGAUCUUUGGAAUGAGAAUUAUGAUAAGUGGACUGUUCUGCGCAAACCGUUUGAAGUAGGUUGUGUAGGAAGUAAGAUUGUUGUCACAACUCGCAAUGAAGAUGUUUCAUUAAUCGUGGGAACUCUUCCAACUUACUCGUUGAAAGAGUUGUCAUAUGACGAUUGUUUGUGUGUGUUUACUCAACACUCAUUGGGGACAAAAGAUUUUAGUGAUCAUCAAGAGUUGAAGAAAAUUGGUGAGCAAAUUGUGAAAAGGUGUAAUGGUUUGCCUUUAGCAGCAAAAACUCUUGGUGGCCUCUUGCGUGGUAAAUACGAUCUUGGUUAUUGGGAAGAUGUGCUACAUAGCAAUAUAUGGGAUUUACCAGAAGAGAGAAGUGGUAUUUUACCAGCUCUUAGAUUAAGCUACCAUUAUCUUUCUCCACAUUUAAAACAGUGUUUCGCAUAUUGCUCGAUAUUUCCUAAAGAUUACGCUUUUGAAAAGGAGGAGGUUAUUUUGUUAUGGAUGGCAGAGGGUUUCUUGCAACAUGACAUUGGCGGAAAACAGAUGGAAGAUUUAGGUGACAAGUGUUUCAGAGAUCUACAAUCAAGAUCAUUUUUCCAACAUUCAAUCAAGAAUAAGUCUCGGUUUGAAAUGCAUGACUUGAUUAAUGAUCUUGCUCAAUGGGCUGCAGGAGAAAUAUGCUUUAGGUUAGAUAACAUGCCAGAGGUUGAAAAUCAAUGGAGAAUCUCAAAAAAUCUUCGCCAUUUAUCUUACAUUGGUGGAUAUGAUGGCAGCAAGAGAUUUCAGGCCUUCCAUCAGGUCAAACAUUUACGAACUUUCCUGCCAUUGCAACUGGAACCGGGACACUUUUACAUGGCGUUUGAUGUUCUUUUUCAUUGGUUGCCAAAGCUACAAAGGUUAAGGGUUUUAUCUUUGCAUGGAUAUUGCAUCUCAGAGCUACCAAAUGAAAUCGAAUGUUUAAAGCAUUUACGAUAUCUUGAUCUUUCUAAUACUGAAAUUAAGUUUUUACCUGAAGCAAUUGGUAGAUUUUACAAUUUACAGACGCUUAUAUUAGUAAGAUGUUGUUAUCUGAAGAAACUCUGUACAGAUAUGGAGAACCUGUUUAACUUGCGCCAUCUUAAGAUGGAUCUUGUAGAUUCUUUGGAAGGAAUGCCUCGAAACAUCGGUAAAUUAACUUCUCUUCGAACAAUGCCUAAUUUUGUUGUGGGCAAAGGUGCUAGCUCUAGCCUAAGAGAGUUGAAAUCUUUGCGCAAUCUUCAAGAGAAGCUCAGAAUUUCUAGGCUGGAGAAUGUAAAUGAUUUUGAGGAUGCCAAGGAGGCUGACUUAAAUGGCAAGAAAAAACUGGAUGUGAUUUCAUUGGAAUGGAGUAGCAGAAAGAUUGAGAAUUCAUCAAGGAAAGUAGACACUGAAACACAUGUGCUUGACUUGCUACAACCUCACAAGAAACUGAAAGAGCUCAGUAUCAAGGGCUAUGGUGGUGCAAAAUUUCCCACCUGGUUAGGCGAUUCCGAAUUCGCUACAUUAGUACUCCUAAGAUUUGAAAAUUGCAACACAUGUACUUCUUUGCCACCAGUCGGGCAACUGCCCUCGCUCAAGCACCUUGUUAUCAAAGGAAUGGCGGGAGUAAGGACAGUGGGGUCAGAGUUUUAUGGAAAUGGUUGCUCAGAGUAUUUUCCAUCUCUAGAGACUCUUUCUUUCGAGAGUAUGCUAAAAUGGGAAGACUGGAUUUCUCAUGGAUGUGGUCUGGAAGCUAAAGCUUUCUUUCGCCUGCGGGAGCUUUGUGUUGCAAAUUGUUCUAAACUGGUGGGAAGAUUGCCGGAAAAUCUUCCUUCAUUGGAAAGCCUUGUCGUCAGAAGCUGUAAGCAAUUGCAGGUGCCAAUUCCAAGUCUUCCAACACUCUGCAGAUUAAAGAUUGAUGGAUGUAAACAGAUAGUCCAGAGAAAUACAGUUGACCUCACUUCAUUGAGUUCAGUUGUUCUUUCUGAUCUUUCAACUCAUGUAUUUCUACAGUGGUUUAUGGGAGGGUUAUCGGUGGUAAAAAAUCUAAGGAUUGUUGGUUGUAAAGCGCUAACAUCUUUAUGGCAUAAUAGAGAUGAAUUACAACAAAAUAUUUGCUGCAUUGAUCCACUGGCCAUUGAGCACUUUCACCGACUUAUUUCCUCGGUAGAGGAAGAAGAAGAGGAACAGCAGCAUUUGUUCCCUUAUAGACUACAAUCUCUGAAAUUAGGAGACUGCGAAUGCCUUGUGAAGCUACCAUGGGCAUUGAACAACUUCAGUUCUCUUAGAAAGGUUUGUAUUACAAACUGCCCGAAACUUGUGUCCUUUCCAGAGACUGAGCUCCCAUCCCUGCUGAAAUUCUUUGAAAUCGACAGAUGUGACACACUAAAAUCCUUACCUGAGGCAUGGAUGAAAAACAACUCAUCCCUUGAAAGUCUGUCUAUCAAACGUUGUGAUUCUUUGCCAUAUGUUUCCAGAAUCCGGCUACCUCUGAAUCUGAAGCGACUGGAGAUUACAUGUUGCGAUAACAUAAGGUCCAUCAUAUACGACGACGAGGAAGUUCUAAUAAUGCAGAAGAAAAUCAAGAAUGGCAGCAGAAGAAACACUUCUCUUCUUCAGUACUUGGAGAUUGGAGAUUGUUCUUCUCUCACUUCCUUAUGGUCAAACAGCGAGUUACCUGUCACACUUCAAAAUAUUAAGAUCGUGAAAUGCUCAAAGCUUUCUUCCUUGUCAUCAACAGGCAAUCUACCUGAUGCUCUUGAAAGUAUUGAGAUUUUUCAGUGUGAAAAUCUUAAAUUCAUACCUGAAGAUCUGCACAAACUCCGCCAUCUAUCAAAGAUUCAUUUGAAUUUUUGCACGAGUCUUGUUUCCUUGCCAGAAACAGGGUUGCUUUCCACAAAAUUGACAGAGAUCUUCCUAAUUGGUUGUGAGAAACUGGAGGCCCUGCCCAUCUGCAUCCACAAACUUCCCUCCCUUCAAAAGUUGUUGAUAAUAAAUUGUCCAAACAUUUCAUCCUUCCCUAAGAAUGGCUUUCCAACCAACCUUACAACGCUUAAACUUGACAAUCUUCAGAUCUUUAAGCCGUUGUUCGAGUGGGGAUUGUACAGACUCACCUCUCUUAGACAACUUUCCAUUGAUGGAGGAUGUUCAAACCUGGUGUCUUUUCCACAAGUUCCUGCCUCUCUAACCAACCUGAAGAUUGAACAUUUUCCGAAUUUGGAGAGCAUUUCCUGCAUUGAUCAAAGCCUCAUUUCCUUGUAA